CUAUAUAUUAACAUCUCUCGAGUAUUUCGCGCAUUCUCAUACCUUCCCAACCAUGUCUCAACCCGUAAAGUUGGAGUUUCAACCAAAGAACAUGCCCUUCAGGACGUUGGGAUCUAGUGGGCUACGCGUUCCUGUAUUUUCAUUAGGAGGCUGGUUGACUAUCGGAGGGACUGUCUUUGGUGACCCUGUUAAGGAAAUAAUCAAAACCGCUUUCGAAAAUGGAAUAAACAUGUUCGAUGAAGCUGAGAAUUAUGCCGAUGGUCAAUCAGAAAUCGAGAUGGGACGAGUGAUCAAAGAACUCGGUCUGCGCCGAACUGAUCUUGUCGUCACCACAAAGCUGUUUUGGGGUUCGGAGAGGGGACACAACCAUAUGGGUCUCUCGCGGAAACACAUAAUUGAAGGCACAAGGGCAUCUUUGAAGCGGCUCCAGUUGGACUAUGUCGACGUGAUUUUUGCUCAUCGACCUGACCCUACAACUCCUAUCGAAGAAACCGUUCGCGCGUUUCACUGGGUCAUUGAACAAGGACUGGCGUUCUAUUGGGGAACUUCCGAGUGGUCCGCUCGUGAGAUAGAGGAGGCACACCAUGUUGCUGAACUGUACGGAUUGCAUGCUCCCGUUGCCGAGCAGUGUAUGCAUAACCUCCUUGACCGUGAACGCGCGGAGGGCGAAUUCGAUCCUUUAUACAAGAAGUACAACCUUGGAACGACUGUGUUCUCCGGAUUGGCAGGCGGCAUCUUGACGGGCAAGUACAACGAUGGCAUACCCGAAGGAUCUCGCUACGACUUGAACAGUGAUGACGAAUAUAUCAAGUCAAGAGUUGAAUUCCUGCAAUCGGAAGAAGGGAAGCGCCAAAUCACUGCGGUGAAGGAAUUGUCAAAGAUCGCUGAGACUGAACUCAACUGCAAAGUUUCGCAUUUGGCUCUGGCUUGGCUCGCAAAAAACCCUAACACCAGCACGGUCAUAUUGGGCGCCUCCAGUCCAGAGCAGGUCCUUGACAACCUCAAAGCUCUCGAAAUUAUUCCGAAAUUAACCCCGGGGAUUCUCGAAAAGAUUGAAACGAUCGUGAAUAACAAGCCUGGUCCCCCGUCGACGUAUGGUAGACCGGAUCUAGACGUGCACGGCAGGCGAUGGUUUGCUUGAGAUGAUUGAAAAGAUAUCUUAAAGGUAUAGAUUUAAUCAUGCUCAUCUGCGGAUGGAGAGAGGAAUAAAUUGUGUUCUAUGUCGAUCGACAUUGUCGGACGCACCUGUCGGCCAAUUCUACCAUUGGUGUGUGUUUCGCUCAGACC